UCCUUCUAUUCAAUGGGUGAGUCAGUGGACUGCACCUUUCAUUAACUUUGAAAAACCAUCAAGACACCACCACCACCACCAUCAUGGCUGCUGCCACCACUAUGGCUGCCAUCACCUCACCACUGAUCACCAAACUAAAAACAACCUCAAAAGCAUGGCCUAUGUUCUUCCUUAAAUUAACAUCUUCAUCAUCCAACAUACCAAUGAUACAAAUGUCAUCAUCAUCUUUAAUAUCUUCUCAUAAGUGGCCAAUGAUGAAAAUAUCGGCAUCCGUUGCACAAAACGAUACCGCAGUAUCUGUUACGUCGAAUGAUGAUGAGGAACAAGUUAUUUCCAGUGGAAAUCAACCUCUUGAAGAGACUGCAAAUAGUAGUUCUAUACAUACAAAGCUUUACUUUGGGAAUUUGCCUUAUCUUUGUGAUAGUGCUCAACUUGCUGGAAUUAUUCAAGAUUAUGCUACCCCAGAGCUUGUUGAGGUACUUUAUGAUAGGGAUACUGGUAAAAGCAGAGGUUUUGCAUUUGUGACCAUGAGCAGCAUUGAGGAUUGCAAAGCAGUCAUUGAAAAUCUUGAUGGAAAGGAAUAUGGUGGUAGGACACUAAGAGUGAAUUUUUCUGACAAGCCAAAACCAAAAGAACCUUUGUAUCCAGAAACUGAGUACAAGUUAUUUGUAGGAAAUCUUUCAUGGUCAGUUACUUCUGAGAGUUUGACAGAAAUGUUUAGUCAACAUGGAAAUGUAGUUGGAGCACGGGUUCUAUAUGAUGGGGAAACUGGACGAUCUCGUGGUUAUGGCUUUGUGAGUUACUCCACAAAAUCAGAAAUGGAGACAGCCCUUCAGAUCCUCAAUGGAGCGGAGCUAGAAGGGCGAUCGCUACGAGUUAGCCUAGCACAAGGGAAAAAGCAGUAAAGUUGAGGCACGAUUAGAUAUAGAAAUCCAGUUGAAUUUGUUGUUUGCUUAGUGAGUACUCACAUCAAUGCAUAUGGCAUAGUCAUGUAAGCAUUGUACCAAAACCCUUUCCAGAAAGCAAAGAAAUUGAUCAGGAACCAUAUUUGGUGAUACAAAUAACAGCCUGCAGCUUAGUUCACAACCAUUAUGUUUCACGUUAUUCGUUACUGUAUCAAUCAACUUUGAUUAAAAAUGUAAAUUCGUAACAUUUACACAACUUUUUAAUGGAAAAUAUAUAUUGGUCUGA